UAGAUAUAGUAGCCACACGGCUUCAAAUUCCAUGGCCCGCGUGGAGGGAUAAGCUUACGAAAAGCUCUGGUAAAAGGCAUGGUGAGCAUUUAUACGAGAAAAAUAUCGGGCGUCGUCAGACACGAGCAUCGAGUUGAGGUGAUAAGAAAAUGGCGGGCGUAGUAGCGUACCAAUACGUCCGUGGGUGUCCCUCGUUUAACAAGUCACUCUCAGUACGAGCUCAACUGAAGGAGGAUACCUCCUCCAUUUCAAGGCCUGUAGAUCCAUCUUCUCCAUCUUCUUCUCCGCCUGACGGAUUUAAGCCGCCAGAGCCUCGCAGGUUCUAUGUGAGGGGCGACCAGUGGCUCAAGAUAUUAGGCGCGUCUUUGGCAUUGCCCUUGAGAUUAGGCACUGGAGCACUCGUACUUGGUUAUAAAGCAUCUUGGGUGCGUGAGUCAGAGAUUCCACCAAAUCAGUACACAUUUCUUCAAGUUGCAGGUCACAAGCUUGUUGAGACUUCCAACUUGGGUCCUCGUCCAGAUAAACCCAUUGAGAUAUAUGAGUUUGAAAGUUGCCCCUUUUGUCGUAAGGUUAGGGAAAUUGUAUCAAUUUUGGAUUUGGAUGUGCUGUACUAUCCAUGCCCUAAGAAUGGACCUAAUUUUCGUCCGAAAGUUGUUCAAAUGGGUGGAAAACAGCAAUUUCCAUACAUGGUGGAUCCAAACACGGGUGUAUCAAUGUAUGAAUCUGAUGAUAUUAUAAAGUACUUAGUUGAAAAAUAUGGAGAUGGAAAGGUCCCAUUAAUGCUCUCCCUUGGGCUUUUCACAACAUUAACUGCAGGUCUGGCAAUGAUUGGUCGUCCAGGAAAGGGAUCUGUAUAUACUCCUUCAAAAGUUCCUGAAAAGCCUCUUGAAUUGUGGGCUUAUGAGGGGAUACAGAAAUUGGUUUGUUAUAAGAGUUUCUUUGUCAUCAAGGUGAUAUUUUUGGCAUCUCCUUUUUGCAAGAUCGUUAGGGAAACUUUGGUGGAGUUGGAAGUGCCCCACAUAUAUCACAGCACUGCACGAGGAAGCCCGCAUCGGCAGAGCCUUUUUGAUAGAACGGGACUUUUUCAGGCACCAUACUUGGAAGAUCCAAACACUGGAGUAAAGAUGUUUGAAAGUGCUGAAAUAGUUGACUACGUGCGGGCAACCUAUGCCAUUCCUGUUCCCCAAGUUUAAUAAAAUAUCCCAAAUAUGCUAUGAUGACCAUUGGGUGUAAAAUAAGGGCGCAAUAAUUGGACUGGUAUGCUUAUGAAGCCCAAUGGAUGUUUCCUCUUAUGUAAAGUCACGGUGAUGACGAUUCAGUUGGGAAACGUGUUAAAAAAUGUUGAAAUAUCUGGACUCAGAAAUUCAUCACAUCCUUGUAAAUUAUAGCUUGGAAAGAUGAAUAUAUUUAACUUUUCACAAAGCUCCAGAAGUGAGCUUAUAGCCUAUAAAAAGUGAUAAUGUCAUUGCUUUCCAAACUGUAGCAUUGUAUGAAUAUAUUGGCUACAAAUUAUAAAAAAUAAUCUGCAUACCUACACCAGCUCAUACUACAAGAUGAUACUCUGACUAGCAUAUUUAAUCUGUCAAUAGAUGAACUACAUUAAUUUGAACAAGUUGAUUCAGUAUUUUCUUUUUC